CCAACAAUCAAGGCAUUCAGUUCUCGCGCCCCGAGCUGAUGGUUCGGCUUGCGGUCUAUUUUUAAAUACACUUUUAACAUAUGCAUGUGUGUUCCUUCUAUCGCCUGGUCCUCGUUAAAGCGAUUGUAUUUGAUUGUGGUGCGAUACGGCAUAUUGUUCAAGUUCAACUACCACUGCCGUCCGUCGUCACUUCGUAUUGCAGUGUAGUGAGUAAGAUCGUCCUAUGUGGUGGCGUCCCAUCAUCAACCAACAUCAUCAUCGGGUGGUACAAGCUGCAGCGGCUGCAGCAGUGAUCGAUUUGUAGUGGAAGCUGCAUCCUGUGUGCACAAACGAAAUUAAAAAAAAAAGUGUCUCUUCUCGGGAGCGCGAACAUUCAACGAGUGUCACAGCGACGAGAUUGUGUGAUCGCGGCGUUCCCGGAAUAUGGCAAUUUAAACAAAUCAACAUAAUUUAUACCGCGUCCGAGUGAGUUUUGUUUGGCGAAGAUCGCAGUAGGGUCAGUUCGUCGUGAAUUUGUUCCGUACCAACGGCAAUCGGUUAUCGCUAGUGUGGUUUGCGGCUAGUUACCGCGUUACACGAAGAACAAUGAAGCUUCGUAUUUGAUUGUGACCAACUGGUAAAUAAUUUAAUACAUAUAACGUUUGCAAGUAUGUGUCGUCUCAAUUGGAUCGUCUCGUAAAGCGCCUAUCGACCGCGGCUGUGCUUCUACCAGUAGUGUAAUGUUUACUUUUUUCGAAUUUCGUAAUUGCGCUCUUAUCGGCGCCCGGGGUCGGCCUUAAGGUUCACAACACGUUUAUAAUCAAGUAAGUAUUUCUUUGACGAUCGUUACCAUUUCAACGACUACGACGGUAUCACCUCUGAGUGACCUCCCGGGAGGAAGUCACCAGGCAUCAGCGAAAAGGUUCGUCGCUGUCAAAAGAAUAAAUUAGAAUUUUAAAAUUCAAUUUCUUCCCCGUGUGCCAUGGCGAAUGAAUAUUAUAUAAAAUCGAAGCGCAAAGCUUGGAAGAGAGGCAAAUGUGUUUAUGCAUAAUGCCGACUGAGCACAAUUGGACUUCAACUGUGGAAUAGGUACGUUCGACCAAGAAAGUGGAGUAAACUCGCAGGACAAUAAAAGCAGUGCUCUGAGGUGCUUCGUCGGUGGUGGUAAUUUGUGAAACAAACGCUCGGUUGAACUAUAGCAGUGUAAUGUAAUCAGUUUCUUAUCUGGAUAUCUGGUGGUGGUGUUACUAACUCGUAUCGUUUCAUUUCCUUUAUCACUAACAACCGGUAGUUCGAUGUGCUAGUCGCGUUGAGAACGUGUUAAAGAAACCAAAGAGACAAAGUGCCAUAUAUACCAAAUUAGUCACGGUUGUAGUAGAAAUCUGUCUAAUCGCAACCCCUUUUACCAACUGAACCCUUUACUAACUGCAAAAUAAUGAAACGUGUGCGACAAACUAAAGCCACAAAGGCAACCUCUGGUGCGGUGAAACGGAAAGCCUCCAAAAUCAAGGAGGAAAGCAACAACAAUGUUCCACCGAAAGAACCACCGGUUCCACCGGAACAAUUGGAAACCUCCCUAGAACUUCCACUCUCGGCUGCAACAGAACAGCCAAUCCAAGCCGAGCUAGAAGACUUCGACAAUGGCCUGCUCGUGCUGGAGGUCGACAACGAACCCCUCUCCUCAGCAUCUCCCGUCACAUCCAACGGGGACACGUCCGAACUCAGCGCAUCUCAAACCGGACAGAAAUCUACUCCCCAGAAGAAAAAGGAACGCAAACGGUACAUCUGCCAUGUGUGCAAUAAAAAUUUCAUGGGCGCGAACGAUCUGCGGAAACAUUUGCGCAUCCACAACGACGAACGACCGUACGCCUGUCAGCAUUGCAAUCAGCGCUUUCGGCAGGCCGGCUGUCUGAAGAACCACAUCGCUUCGCAGCACGGAACGGAUACGUUGUACACGUGCGAUCUCUGUGGGAAGACCUUUCCCAUCAAGGAGCGGCUGCGUUUGCACAUGCGAGUGCACACGGGGGAAAAGCCGUACAAAUGUCCCAUGUGCUCGAAGACGUUUGCGCGCGGUGGUCAGCUAACACAACAUCUUGCCACUCACAAUGGAGUCCGUAAGCACAAAUGCCCCGACUGUUCGUCGGCAUUCUCGUGCGCCGCCAAUCUCAAGAUGCACCUCAAAAGCCACAUGGACAUCCGGGAUUACACGUGUCACAUCUGCGGGAAGGGGUUCUUCCGGCCGGACGCGCUGAAGAAGCAUCUGAUGUGCUAUCAUGCCAACCUGAAGGCCUUCCAUUGUAACAUUUGUAACAAGAUGUUCAAGGGCCACCUGCCGCAGCACAUGCGGACACACAAGAUGAUCCGACCACAUGGGUGUGCCGUUUGUGGGGCGGUGUUCUCCCAACGAUCUCAGCUCGUCGUUCAUCAGCGCAUCCACACGGGCGAGCGGCCCUACAGAUGUCAGGUUUGCUGGCAAGCGUUCGCCCAUUCGAGUGUACUGAAGUUGCACAUCCGAAAGCACACCGGUGAAAAGCCGUUCGAGUGUCCCAUCUGCAGUGUUGGCUUUUCGCAGCUUCCCCAUCUGAAGAAGCACAUGCUCUCUAUCCACAACCAGGACAAAUCGUACCUUUGCAAGUCGUGCAACAUCUUUUUCAAGACCAAGCUGGACCACCAGAAUCACAUGGCGAGUUGUUCGCCGGAGUCGAGGUCGGUCACCAGCGUGGAAGAGAUUAUCGAUAGAAAUGUGAAAGCUGCCAACAGCGGCGUCGAACCACCGAUGCCCUUGUCCCAAAUGAGAUUCCUAGUGGCGAUCCUGCUGAAGAAGAUCUCUACCGAAGAACGGCUGAAAGACUUGGGAUUCGAUAAGCGCCUGAUCGAUAACGUACUCGUCGAUUCGUUGAAAUGCGCUGGACGCAUAGCCUUCGAGGAUAAAUCGUUUGAACCGGCCUUCCGCUUAAAACAGAACGUUCAAGAACUGCUCGAGUGGACCGUUCCGGCAAAGUACAUGGAGGAGUUCAAAAAGGCCAAUCGUAGCACCGAAGAGCUGCUGGAGGAUUUGACUAACUAAGUGUAUGUUUGCUUCUACUAACUCGUAGAUAUGUUUUUCUUUCUCCGUUUCGUAAAUGUAGUGAAUUCAAAACAAACGGAAGUAGUAAGUUAAACGCAACGAACUGGCGGUGAAAUAGCCAAAUACUUGAAUUCGAAAUGACUUAUUUCAUGAAUGUGUAUAUUUUAUCGCUUAUUAUUUUUGUUCUAUUGAAUUCUACUGUUUGAUGCUGAAGCAUCCUCCAACUUCAUAUGAAUAGCACACAACCCAAAGGUUAUAUCGUACCGAAUAAAUCUUGCCGUACAAUUAAAAAAGCUAUUUGCCAAAAACCAAAUCCUAAUUUUAAUCACUUCUCACUUUAUUGCCCUAUACAGGAUUUGUUGGAAAUCUAGUCAAACGAUUGCCAUUUCGGAAGUUUCAUUUAUCAGUUUUCUGAAAUGAAACAAACUUCAAAUAAAUACAAAGAAAAGUAACAAUGCGCCAUUAUUUAUGUACAUUUGCGACGUCGAAAGCUCAAACCAAAAAGUAAUCACAUUCGUUAAACAACAAAACAAAAAAAAAAAGAUCAAAGCGGAUGUGCUUUACGCCAUUUCUACUAUGCCAGUGUAUUUUUGUUUGUUUUAAUUAGCAUUAGUAGUCGUUUAUUUAGUGUAGUACUCUAGUAAAAUUUCCCUAGAUGUGUAAGUGUCAGCAAAAACGAGUAGAUACCAAAUUUCGUCAUAAAACA